UUCAUGUGUUGAUUUUAUUAACCUUGAACGAUGCGUGUUCUGCGCGUGCGUGAAUGAAUAAAAACCGGCAACGCCGGCCGGUUUCGAACAUUCAGCAUUCCUGCGAGCCUGUAGCAACUUGUCGUUCUGCUCAGUUUUCUACAUUUCAUCUCAGUGAAUCAGCCAUGGCUCCUACAUACAAAAUCAUCUACUUCAACGUGACGGCAUUGGGCGAGUCGUGCCGCAUGUUGCUGAAGUACGCUAACAUCGACUUUGAAGAUGAGCGUAUCGAGACUGACGACUGGCCAAACCACAAAGCAAAGAUGCCUUUCGGACAAAUGCCGAUUUUGGUAAUCAACGGCAAGCAAUACCAUCAAAGUCUUGCUAUGGCACGUUAUUGCGCCAAGCAGGCUAAGCUUGUCGGCAAGGAUGAUCUGGAGGAUCUCGAAAUUGAGAGCAUCGUUGAAACCAUCAACGAUUUGAGGCUUAAAAUUGCUCUGUACAGCUACGAGAAGGAUGAAGCCAUCAAGGCAUCGCGCAAGGCUCCUCUCUUCGAGGAGACCAUCCCAUACUACUUGGAACGUAUCGAUAAGAUUGCCAAGGAAAACGGUGGACAUCUUGCCGUGAACAGGCUUACCUGGGCCGACAUCUAUCUGACUUCUAUAUUGGAUUACAUCAACUUCAUGAUUGAGGGUGACCUUUUGGAGAAAUACAGCAACUUGCAAAAGGUACGCGAUACUGUCCUCGCCAUUCCACAGAUCAAGAAGUGGAUUGAGGAGCGUCCCAAGGGAUGGUGCUAAACUACAGCUUCGAAUAAAUCAAAACGUUUGAAAAAACGCUAAACGUACUAUAUAUUUUUCAAUAAAUGCACUUCUACUUGUAAUUAAAA